AGAAGUGGCUUUAUGUAGAUUUAAAUCAAUGCGAUAAGUUAUCUUCAAUCGAAAUAUGGCUCAUACACGAAUCAUUAAAUCAAUAUGUAAUAGCGUUUUAAUCACAAACAUCAUCAUUUUGAUACAAUCAAAUGUUUACAAUGGUUUGUUGGAUGGCUUGAAAAUUGUCAACGGUCAAUACGACAAUAAUGUUGAUUGGACAUGUCGACCAUUAUCAUCGGAAACGCCGAUAAUAACUGGUUAUAGCUGUUGGCUUUGCCAUUUAAAUAAAAACAAUGGGACAAAUUUUCGAUCAUGUGUUAUUAAUUCUAAUGAAACACUAUCUUAUGGCCGAAAUAAACAUUUUUCACCACCACCACCACCACCACAGAUUACGUUUUCAACACAAGGCUUGGUAUAUCCAAGAUAUCAUUAUACGCCUUCAAUAAAAACAGCAGAAAAUGAAUAUUAUAAACCGAAAAUAAAUCAGACUAUGAUUGAUAGACAACGAGUAGAAUUCCUUGGCUCAUUUGCUUGUGAUUUUUUCAAAAUACUUGGCAAUUCUAAUCGUGUUUGUCCUAAUAGGCCUCGACCAAAUGAUAAUGGUUAA